AUGAAGGAGACUCAGUCGGUCCGCCGUCUUCUAGCAGCUAUCGAUGCGAGGAGGGCUCCGAUAAGCCAAUCGGGCCCAUCCACGUCGGGGGGCACCGGGGGCAAACCGGUUAUCGGUGUUGCUGCUAAGCAGAGCGGGAAGAAGCCGUCCAAUCAAGACAGGAGGCGCGCCGCUUUCAUCCUGUCCAACGACGACCCGGAUUUCAAGUCGUCGGAAAAGGGGUUGGAGCAGAGGCUAUUGGCCAGUUCGAUAAUCCCGGAUUUCCAGCCAGCCAAAGCCGGAAAGGGUGCAGCCAAGGCCCCGACCAAGCGGCAACGCUCAGCGGAGGAUCCCGCUAUACAGCCAGGCCAAGCCCAGCAAGCCAAGCGAGCGAAAACCAACCCGUCGAACAGAUCGUUCGCUGAGGUGGCGAGGGACAAGACCCUAAUUGGCGUCCUGGACAGGGGCACCAAGGACGGUAAUGUCCCUCGGGACAAAUGGCAUCUGGUCGAUGCAGAGCUCCAGGAAAGAUUUCUGGAGGGGCUCGAGGAGAAUGGCGGGCCACCAUCUAAAUUUGAGGACGCCGGGUGGCAUCAAGGCACGGUGAAAGCCAUCGCCUGCCAAGAUGCUCGCUCGGCGGCCCUCUACAUGAGAGCAGUGGCGGCGCUCAAGGAGGUCUACCCAGGAGCCAAACUGGAGGCCGUCAAAUGGGAAGACAUCCCCAGCAGACCGAGGGCCAGAGCGUGGGUCUCGGUGAAGCUUGCAGAGCCGGAGAAGAUCCUGAAGGUUCUGCAGGUCUGCAACCCCCACCUUCCUACAGCCGAUUGGAAGGUGGCCAAGGUGGAUGAGGUUACUGGACAGAGGCGCCAGAUAAUCCUCGUUCUCAAUGAGGAGUCUCUCGGACUCCUGAAGAAGUCGGACGGAGUAGUGGACUAUGGCUACCGGAAGGUGACCAUAGCCCCCUAA